GGCGAGAGAGGUAGAGAGACAUAGAGAUAGAAGGAGAGAGAGAGAGGGUAAUGUGCAGUGGAGCGUCAGGAGGGUUGAGCAGAGAGAGAAAGAGUGAGCAAGCGGGCGAGCGGAGGAGGAACAAGGGAUGACAGAGAGGGCGAACGAUAAACGUCCUCUCUUUUUUCUUUUUUUUCGUGGGAUUUAUUCGCUCUUUAUUGUUUUCUCUUCAUCUAACGAAGGAUUCUUGUCUACAUCAGCCUCUCUCUCUCUCCCUCUCUCUCUCUCGCUCGCUCGCUCUCCCUCUCUGGACGAACGAGGGAUGACAGAGUGAUGUGCUGAGCUGUCAGUCAUGUCUGCGGCUCUCUGCUUCGUUAAGGCGUGCAGGAAACGGCAGCUAACGAGCUUAACGAGUGUGUGCUGAGAGCGCUCCUCUCCGUUUGGUUAAUUAUUCAUCCGUCACUCCAUCCGUCUUUAUGUAACAGAGAGAGAGAGACGGGCAGAGAGAGAGAGAGAGACGGGAGGUGAGACAGGCGGAGAGUGAUGUUUGUGUCCGUGUGGUACGCCAAGAAGAUGGGAAGAAGAUUCAUCAACAACGUGCGAAAGGCCAAGAGACACAGGCAGAGGAUGAUGGAUGGACGAUCACAUCAGGCUCACACCUCAGUGAGACAGGAUGCAGGUGCACAGAUGAACGGAUCAGAGGGAGAGCUGGAGUACGAAGAGAUCACACUGGAGAGGGGGAACUCUGGACUGGGCUUCAGUAUUGCAGGAGGGACAGAUAAUCCUCACAUCGGAGACGACCCGUCCAUCUUUAUCACCAAGAUCAUCCCCGGAGGAGCAGCCGCUCAGGACGGCCGCCUCAGGGUGAACGACAGCAUCGUAUUCGUUAACGAUGUGGAUGUACGUGAGGUCACUCACUCGAUUGCCGUUGAGGCGCUGAAGGAGGCGGGGCCUGUCGUCAGGCUGUAUGUCCUGCGGCGACGCCCACCAAACGAACGCAUCACGCAGAUCAAGCUGAUGAAAGGACCGAAAGGUCUGGGCUUCAGUAUAGCGGGCGGCAUGGGGAACCAACACGUUCCUGGAGACAACAGCAUCUACGUGACGAAGAUCAUCGAGGGCGGGGCGGCACACCGAGACGGACGGCUACAGAUCGGGGACAAAAUACUGGCUGUGAACCACAUGUCUCUGGAGGACGUCAUGCACGAAGACGCCGUGUCCACCCUGAAGAACACGGGAGAGGUGGUCUACCUGAAGGUGGCCACGCCCACCACGCAGUACAUCCACUCUGUUGAUCGGUACAGCCCCCCCGACCUGACCAGCUCCUACAUGGAGCCGGACUACAUGUGCGAUUACCCACAAGCCCUCCCUCCUCCGUCACCACGCCGGUACUCUCCUAUCCCCCGCGGCAUGAUGGGAGAGGACGAGUACUCCCGGGAGCCCCGCAGGGUGUGCGUGCAGCGCGGCUCCACCGGUCUGGGCUUCAACAUCGUGGGCGGCGAGGACGGAGAGGGGAUCUUCAUCUCCUUCAUCCUCGCAGGAGGACCGGCUGACCUGAGCGGGGAGCUCCGCAAGGGGGACCAGAUCCUCAGUGUGAACGGUGUGGAUCUCAGGUAUGCAACACAUGAACAGGCUGCAGCAGCUCUGAAGAAUGCGGGACAGACGGUUACCAUAGUAGCACAGUACAGACCUGAAGAGUACAGCCGGUUUGAAGCAAAGAUCCACGACCUGAGGGAGCAGAUGAUGAACAGCUCAUCAGGGAGUCUGCGAGCUAACCGCAGCUUCUACAUCAGGGCUCUGUUUGACUAUGACAAGCAGUGGGACUGCGGCGUCCUAUCACAGGCUCUGGACUUUAACUUUGGGGAGGUUCUUCACGUGAUGGACAGCUCUGACGACGAAUGGUGGCAGGCCAGACGGAUCAACCAGCAGGGGGAGCUAGAGGAGCUGGGAUACAUCCCAUCCAAACACAGAGUGGAGAGGAAGGAGUGGUCCCGCAUGAAGAGCAAAGGUAGAGAAGGUUUCGUGCACAGCUACGAGCUCAUCACUCAGAUUGAAGGUGAGUGUUCAUGAUGAUACAUCACACCA